GGAAUAAUUUAUUCGCGAAAAGUAAGCACACUCCAAUACACGACAUGUUAUAUAAUCCGUGCAAUUAUAAAGAUGUGUACAUACAUAGAUGCAUAAGUAUGAUGUGCGAAUUCGCGAAUAUAUAUGCAUGUAUUGCAAAAAACUUGCUACUACUACUAUUCCCAACUUACUACGAGUACGUAUUACUGGACUGGUUGCGAAUAAAAGGAUGGAAAACUUGUCCAUUUAGCAACACUCGAUUCCAGACACCUGCUCGGUACACACAUACUGCAAGAAAAGUCUCAAUUUUCCCAAAAACCCAAAGUCUCACUUCACCUCGUUACAUUACAAAGUUACACAAAAAAGAGACAUGUCACUCCCGAAAGUUCCGCAAUCCCGGGCGGAAAUUAAUCUGGCCUGGAUGCAAGAGGCCUUAAAACAAGCUCCUUUCCAAAUCCUCGACAUGGCGUGGGCGAACGGUUCCGUGGGCGACGGAAUUGGCGUCAUGUCCUCCUUGGAACGUGUCACAUUGACGAUUCUGCCAGACGAUGGAGGGGAGGCGAAAAAGAUUUCCGUCAUUGUUAAAACUCCACCCAGUGGAAAUCCAGAUUUGAGGAAGUUCGUCCUCAGCGAAGGUUUCUGCCAACGCGAGUACAAAAUGUACACCAAGAUGUUCCCAGCCUGGGCGAAAUAUCAAGAUGAGCGCAACACACCCGAGAAAUUCCGUUUCCGCCACCCCCACUGCUACUACGCGGCUGAAGAAGGGGUCUCCCCCACCGAGUACAAGAUGGUCCUCGUCUUGGAGGACAUGGUCGCGUCCGGGUAUUCCGGAUGGGGUCAAGGCUACCGGGGAAAAGGGCUCCGAUGGACCCAGGCGAAACAAGUGGUUAAAGAAAUGGCCCUAUUUCACGCCGUGGGGAUGGCCUACAAGGAAGAAAUCGGUCUCAAACAUUACUCUGGACCGGAAUAUGACUGGCUUUAUACGCAUUUCAAGGACCAAUCCCUCCUCGACACCUACCUCCGUUCCGGAAUCGACUCCACCACCCAAUUCCUCACCUCCCUCCCCCCCUCAAAAUCCAUCCCUCCCCAACUCAUCUCCGACCUCUCCUCCUUCACCGAUAUCCACCGUCUCGAAGAACUCUCCUUCCCGCGCGGCUCGCGCGCCGGGACGAUAACCCAUUGCGACAUGCACACCCACAACGUCCUCUUCUCCGCACAAAAUUCCGUAGCCCUGCUCGACUUCCAAGGCUGCUCGUACUCCUCACCGAUGACCGACUUGACCUUUUUCCUCCUCCUGUGCUGCGACUCCGCCAUUUUCACGUCGCCCUCCCGCCUCCACGAAGUCUGGACGGUGUACGGCGACACUUUCGCCGCCGCCGCCCGCGCCAUGGAUUCCUCCGUGAAAUAUCCGCUCCACGAAAUUGUCGAGGAUUAUCACGCCUCCCUCGUCAAUUCCGUCAUGCACAUCGUGCUGGGGAGUAAACAGUGGUGUUUUAGUGAAAAGUUGACCUCUCCCGAGACCCAGGACAGAUAUGAGGCCGCGCUUAUCGAUAGUUUCACCCGAUGUGGGGGCACCUUCAGUCUCGCCCUGGUGGAACAGUGGGCGGAUUACUUUGAGAGGGAAGAGAGCGAAGAAGAACAAGUCAGCGAUUUUUUUAGCGAUGACGAUAACUAUUAUUACGAUACGGAUAAGAUGAUUGCCUUAUCGUCUUCACCGCCACGGGAGAGGAAAAGGAUGAUGACGGCGACGGAUAAGAUGGUUGUCUUAUCGGGUUCACCGCUCCAAGAGAAGAGAUGGGUGAGGGCGGCGUAGUAGUUUUUUUGGGAGGAGAAGAAUCUGAGAAGAACAAGACAAAUAUUUUUGUAUUAUUAAUUAAUU